UAACACCACAAGUCAGCCUGGCAGAGCAGAGAGAAAAACGUGAGCCAUGGCGUCUGCGUUUUACUCAGAAGAUUUGACUUGUGCUAUUUGUCUGACUAUCUUCACCAAUCCAGUGAAUCUUUCUUGUGGACACUCUUACUGCAGAGAAUGCAUCACACAUGUUCUGAGUUCACAGCCGCAGUGUCCACAGUGUCGGACAGCUGUUCCAGCAGAUGCGAAAUGUCUUCCAACCAGCCAUAUAUUGAAAAGCCUCGCUGAAAAGGCUAAACAAGCAGAGAAGAUCAAUAAAGAGCAUGGAAAUGAGAAAGCAGAGGUGGCUGAGUUGUGCCCUGAGCAUGAAGAAAAGCUGAAACUUUUCUGCAUCACAGAUCAGCAGUUAGCGUGUAUUAUAUGCAGAGAUGGGGAGAAGCAUGAAGGACACAAGUUUAAACCAAUCAAAGAAGCAGCUGCAUCUCUGAGACAAGAGCUGGAGAAGGGGAUGGAGAAACAAUGUGAAGAUAUCCUUACUACAGAGAGCCUAGCCAACACACAGAGAGAAGAAAUUACCAAAACCAAAGAGAAGUCUCAGCAGCUGGAGACCCAAAUCCGCAAACAGUUUGAGGAGAUGCACCAGUUUCUGAGGAAGAGAGAAACUGAGAUUAAGAAUGAGCUGAAACACAAAGAGGAAGAUGCUGUUGAGAAAAUGAGCAAGACCUUAAACGCUAUAGAAACAGCUUUGUCUGAGAGCAGAGAACUGCAGGGGAAGGUCACAUCAGUUCUGGAAAUUACAGACUCAGACAGGCUCUUAAAGAGCUGGACUGAGGGUAACAGUAUGAUGACUCCAGAACAUUUCUUCAGGCCCAGAGCAAAUGAUCUCCAAGUGGUGAAUGAUUCUCUCUCUUUGGGGCCUUAUGAAAGCCACCUGCAGUUCGUUGUGUGGAAGGAGAUGCUUCAGGUGAUCCAGCCCAGAGCAGAGCUGCUGUCACUCAGAAAUGAUGAUCCAGAAUUAAAUGUGUCUGGCUCUAGUCAGUCAGGUCUCCCGUUUGGCUCUAGUCAGUCAGGUCUCCCAUCUGGCUCUAGUCAGUCAGGUCUCCCGUUUGGCUCUAGUCAGUCAGGUCUCCCGUUUGGCUCUAGUCAGUCAGGUCUCCCAUCUGGCUCUAAUCAGUCAGGUCUCCCAUCUGGCUCUAGUCAGUCAGGUCUCCCGUUUGGCUCUAGUCAGUCAGGUCUCCCGUUUGGCUCUAGUCAGUCAGGUCUCCCGUUUGGCUCUAGUCAGUCAGGUCUCCCGUUUGGCUCUAGUCAGUCAGGUCUCCCGUUUGGCUCUAGUCAGUCAGGUCUCCCAUCUGGCUCUAGUCAGUCAGGUCUCCCGUUUGGCUCUAGUCAGUCAGGUCUCCCAUCUGGCUCUAAUCAGUCAGGUCUCCCGUUUGGCUCUAGUCAGUCAGGUCUCCCGUCUGGCUCUAGUCAGUCAGGUCUCCCGUUUGGCUCUAGUCAGUCAGGUCUCCCGUUUGGCUCUAGUCAGUCAGGUCUCCCGUUUGGCUCUAGUCAGUCAGGUCUCCCGUUUGGCUCUAGUCAGUCAGGUCUCCCGUUUGGCUCUAAUCAGUCAGGUCUCUCAUUUGGCUCUAAUCCAUCAGGUUUCUUAUUUGGCUCUAGUCACUCAAGUUUCUCAGAUGGCUCUUCUAAAGUAAAAGCAACAUUUCCAAGGCGUAAAUGAUCUGCCAGCCUCUGCAGAAAGUACCAACCAGUUCACCUCUGGGCAGCAUUACUGGGAGAUAGAUGUUGGACAAAGGAAUUAUUGGGAACUAGGGGUAAAAAUUAAUUUCCUGUGAUGUGAUGGCACAAAAUAUGUUGCCUGCAGUCAAAAUACAUCUACAGCUCUAACAUUUGCACCUCGAAAAAUUGGGAUUUACCUGAACUGCUCCUCUAAGGAGCUCUCCUUCUAUGUAGCAGACUACACGACACACGUUCACACUGUGAGCUCUAGUGAUAUGUCCAUGCCAGUGUCAGCAUAUUUUAAUGUUGAUUACAAUGAUCAAGUUCAUACCCCUCUGGCGGUGUGCUGGUACUGAAGUCAGAAUUUGAAAUGAUGUAGAGUACGGAAAUAUAAUUUUAUUUCUUGAAUGAAAUAGAGAUAAUGAAGUCAAGCGUCUGACUUUAGACUGCAGUGUUUCCUACAUUCAUUCAAGACAAAAAGCUGACAGUGACAGUUCUUCACUGCAUCCGUUUACUGUUUUCUGUUCUGUAUCCACUAUAAAGUUUGUGUUUAUGCAGCAGUAGUUUUGAAAAGGUGACUUGAGAAAUGUGUAUUCAAGGCAAUAAUAUAUUGAUCACUUGUAAGUUUAGCUCAUUACAAAUGCAGCACGUACGCAUACUACUGUAUGGCUGUAAAGUGUAAAAUAAUACACCACAAUAAUGAUACAGGAAAGAAAUGUAUUGCAGUGGUGGUGAACUAGUAAUUAAGGUAAAAAUGUUUAAAUCAGGAGAAAUGCUUGUAAUCUCAUGUCACAUUGAUUCAGUCACCUGUAUAUUUUCAAAUAAACAAUAUAAACUUGUGCAGAUAUGUAGUAUCAGCAUAAUGAGGACUGAGCAUAUGAUAAGCAAUCGCAUAAUAAUUGAUGUUUUUUGCUCUCUUUAACCUUUCUGUGUCUGUAUAUAUAUACUUGUGUUACUGCUAGGGUUACAUGCAUCAACAAUAAAAUUAUGCAGAGUAAGAUUGAAGAUUGAAACCCUGUUGGUAGAACUGUGCCAAAAAAUACUAUAAAAGAUGUGACAGCUGUGUUUAGAUGUUUUGUGGUGGAGGUACCCUGUUGUUUGUAUAUAAUUAAAUCAUCUAUUGUGUGUUUUUACAAGAUAUUAUAAUAUUGAAAUUUGUAAAAACAAGUAAUAAAAUAAAAAUAACA